UCCCUUCCCUCUUCUUUUUCAAUUGCUCGCUUACCGGCAGGCAGGGGCCCUCUCGCUCUCUUCGCACGUACCCGCAGAGCUGCCGCUCAGCUAACUACCCAGUGCCUUGCCCCGCCUGCCUAUCCCGUUCAUAAAUUAUUCGCCCAGCUGCCGAGAAUCGGAGCCCGGGGAGGCGUAUCUAGCGUCCGGGAGUUGGAUUUGGAGUCCGGCGAUUGGGGACAAGGGAGAAGGCGAGAGCAAGGAGAAGAAGCGUCUGGAGUGGACGGGAAGGGGAAAGGAGAGAAUGCUAAUGAGUUUAUCUGUAACUUUUGCCAACACAGGCAGCGUUUCUGAUAGCUGAUAACGCCCAAAAUACCUGUGCUCCGAGUGAUGUCCUGGGGCCUGUCGGCUCAUGGCAAAUUCAGACGCCAGAGGGGUUCGCCAUGUGAGAUGUCCAAGGUGCUACAGUGUUCUUCAGGAGCCCAGUGCCCCGGUCUACCAAUGCGGUGGAUGCGGCGCUAGUCUUCGAGCGAAAAUCUGCGCCGACGACACACAUGACGGGGUCAAUGAUCCCUCUUCAAGUGGCGGCCUGACUCCUCGGAGCAGACACCUGGGUUCCAGUGAUGUCGCAAGCACCAGCAGGUCCAGCACCCCCACUCCCGAUGCCAGAAGCAGCAGGCACCAAGCCAUCGACACGGCAAGCCGACGUGAGACCGGUGGUCUCGUGUCGGCGAUGAGUCAUGGUUCCGGUGAUGUUGCAAGCACCGGCAGCAGUGCUGAUGCCACAAGCAGCAGGCGUCAAGGCGCUGACACGACAAGCCGGAGUGAGACCGGUGAUCUCGUGUCGGCGAGGAAGCAUGGUUCCGGUGAUGUUGCAAGUACCAGCAGCACUCCUGAUGCCUCAAGUAGCAGACUCCAAGGCACUGGCACGACAAGCCGACGCGAGUCCGGUGAUCACGUGUCGGCCGCGAAGCGUGUGUCUGAGCAUGUGCCAGCGAUCGAGAAGAAGGAACAUGAUCAGAGUGCCAAUCGGGGAGUCUGUAACCACUCCGAAGCUAGAAGACGAAGAGAUUCUGGUGAUGCAGAGUGUAGAACUAGUUCUCCCGGCGUCAGUGUCCACUUCCCCAGAGGAAGCAAAGAUGCUACGUCUGAAUUGCAGGAUGAUACAGAGAAGAGGGGAAAAGGCCAGGCUGAAUUACCAGAUCCUGCAAGAAAGAAAGAUUCAGGUGAAUCAGCAGCGCAACCACGGUCCAGCGAUCGCGAAGAACUUGCACCCAAAUCAGCUCAAGCCGCAUCUGCGCAAUCUGCACGAGAUGUGUUGGGACGGGAAGAUGGCGCUGCUGCUGCCGGGGGAAAGGCGCCAAGCCCUUCCCUCCAUGAGCUCCAAGCAGAAAACUUGGCGCCCCUGCGGAAGAAGAUUCUGAAGAUAGUGGAUGAGCUGAAAGGUGACCUCACUGAACUUCUCAGUAAGUCUCCAGAAGCCAAUCCAACGUCACACGCGCGCCCUCGUCUUUCCAAGCAAGAAGGCUACGCGUCCCGCGCGGCCAUGGCAUCAAGCCUCCCCGCAAGAGCUCGUCAUGCUGCUGCUGCCGUCGACCACCGUGGCAGCGCAGCUCGUGCAGUCAAGCCCGGUCAAGUCGCUGUUGCUCCUCCCCGUGGCUUGCCGUCGCGACGCUACCGCCGGUGCAGAUCCGAUCCAUGCUGCGACAAUGUGCAGCCACGAUCGUGCCAUCACGGUUGCUGCCGCCACCACGACAAGCCGGAGUGUGGCAGCUGCCGAGGACAUUGCUGCAGGCCCAGAGCACAAGAGCCGCCAGCCCUGCGGAAGCCGGCGGCGGCCGAGGUGACCAAGAGACGCUCGCCACCGCGAAAUCACUGCCGGCCGGUCCUGAAGGGUGCGCCGUUCCUUCUCUGCUCCAGCUGCUUCAAGCUGGUUCAGGUGCCCGCCGACUUUGCCGUGUCGAGCAAGAGCGUGCGCAAGCUGCGAUGCGGCUCCUGCUCGGCCGUUCUCUCCUACUCCUACAGGGACCCAGGCAGGAAGAAGCCUCAAGAAUCCAUCGAUCACUUCAGCACAGACGGUUCCGAGGUGCACGGCGGCAAAGGCUACGCACCGCGGGACCCUUUCGCGUUCCUCGAUGACUUCGGGCACGGGGUUAGCUACUCAACGGAGGACGAGCAGCCCCUGCACGUCUCAAGAAAUACGUCGUUCGACACCGUCGACGGCGUGACCGGAGCGCGGUGCAACAAGAUGCACCGGCUGAUAGGGCACGGAUCGGCGACCGAGCUGCUGCGACACUCCCCUGACCUGUACGAGAGCUUCGACGAGCGGACGACGCCUGAGGCGGGACAGGAUGACAGGAAAGGGAAAGGUGUUUGCCUUGACACUGACGACGUCGCCGGUGACGAUGACUCGGAUGAGGAAGACAGCGAUGCACUGAAGAGAUCAGCGGCGAGAGGGUCUGGUUGGCCACUCCCUAGGAUGCCCGGCAAGGGGGUUCCUGGACUGGGAGCCGUCAGGAUCAAGUCGUAGCAGGGAAGACUCGUAUAUAUUGUGCAGAGAUAGAUGCAGGUGUUGGAUUUCUAACAGUAUUUUCAGUUGUUAGGUCAUCUCCAGCAGAGCAGAGGUAGUAUUUUUGCAGAGACUGAGGCUAUCUCCAACGGAA